UGCAACAGGAAACAAAGGGGCGAGAGGGAGGAAGAGAGACAGCGAGAAAAAAAAAAAAGAAAAAAAAAAAAAAAAGUUUAAACAAAACCUUAGAGAAACGGUAUCAUAAAAGCGGGAGCUCGUGAUAUUCCGGUAGCAUUAACAAAUACAAACUAACAGCAAUUUAAAUGUCCUGAAUACAUGACUGUAUUAAAGAAAUCGCGGAUUUGGAUGUAUAGUUUUCUUUAAUAUAAGAGACUAAUUUGGGAGAAUAUGAAGGUGACUAUGCUGUGUGGUUUGUGUUUAUUCUGCUGGAGGUUCUGACGGGCAUUGCCUGUUGGGUCGAGUGGGUUCCAAAAAAAAAAAAAAAAGCACCUGGGGGGUGGCUGUAUCAUAACUUACAUGAAGUGCUUUGGAAGAGUCCAUGAUCAGCCGUCGUGGACAACACCUCCUCGAGCAGCAUAGGUGAAGAAGAACCCUAAUCCCUAAUUUGGAAGGGAUUUUCAGGAUGAAGAAAAUUAGCCUUAAGACAAUUCGUAAGUCUUUUAACUUGAAUAAGGGCAAAGAGGAGGGAGAGUUUGUGGUUGUGCAGCCGCCAACCUUGACGGGUGAUUUUGGGAAAGACCAGUCUGUCUUUGGAGGAUGCUACGGCAAAGACCUGGCUAGCUGUGAGAUGAACGAGGAUGAAACAGGACACAAGAACCGAUCCAAGAGUGAGAGCCUCAUGGGCACCCUGAAAAGGAGACUGUCUGCCAAGCAGAAACCCAAAGGCAAAGGAAGUUCGCCUUCAGUAAGUUCUGUAGAUGAUGAUACCUUCUCCUCUUCCUCUGCACCUAUUAGCUUUAAUGAUGUGAAGGCUCAGAGGCCCUUAAGGUCUACUUCAUUACGUAGCCAUCACUACAGCCCCACUCCCUGGCCCCUUAGGCCAGCCAACUCAGAGGAGACCUGCAUUAAGAUGGAAGUGAAGGUAAAAGCCCUGGUUCACUCACCCAGCCCUAGCCCUGCACGCAAUGGUGUCCGUAAAGAGUUCCAUGCCCUCCAGAUGGAUGGCUUGUUCGAAGAGGAGAGUAACCCUCUGAAGAAUCCUGACUCUCAAAAUGGUGACUUGCAUUUAAGCAUUGAUGAGCAUGUGCCUGUAGUUAUUGGACUUACACCUCAGGACUAUAUUCAGUACACCAUGCAUUUAGAUGAGGGAAUGUAUUCAGUGGAAGGACCCCGUCCAUAUUGUCUGGAUAGCUCUUCACCAAUGGAGGUGAUGUCCAUGGCUUCACAAAUAGGCGGCAGUUCCAACCAUGUGAAUGAGGGCCAGGUGGCCCAAGAUCUAGUGGUGGCACCAGACAUUUUUAUGGAACCCCCAGUCAACGGGCUCUCGGUAGGUACCACAGGAAUGGUCCUACAAAAUUCCACGGUAGAAGCACCCCCUCUCUCCCCUUUGCUACCUCCUGUCCCCAGCAUUCAGAUCCAAAGGAACUUCCCAGUUUUCGGUGGUGUUAAUGCCCAUGUUGCAGAGAGGGUGCGCCUCCAUUUGAACUUCGACCCUAAUUCUGCCCCUGGUGUAGCAAGGGUCUAUGACUCGGUACAGAACAGUGGGCCUAUGGUGGUGACAAGCCUCACAGAAGAGCUAAAGAAGCUUGCCAAACAGGGUUGGUACUGGGGUCCCAUAACUCGCUGGGAAGCAGAGGAAAAACUUGCCAACCUGCCAGAUGGCUCAUUCUUGGUUCGUGACAGCUCGGAUGACCGUUAUCUCUUAAGCCUGAGCUUCCGUUCACAGGACAAGACUCUCCAUACUAGGAUUGAGCACUCGAAUGGCAGGUUCAGUUUCUAUGAACAGCCUGAUGUGGAAGGGCACACAUCCAUAGUGGACCUCAUUGAACAUUCUAUAAAGGACUCAGAAAAUGGAGCGUUCUGCUACUCCAGAUCCCGCUUGCCAGGGUCUGCGACUUAUCCUGUUAGGCUAACGAACCCUGUUUCACGGUUUAUGCAAGUGCGUUCACUCCAGUACCUGUGCCGCUUUGUUAUUCGCCAGUACACUCGAAUAGACCUAAUUCAGAAACUGCCUUUGCCAAAUAAAAUGAAAGACUACCUGCAGGAAAAGCACUACUGAAAAAAUAUAACUCAUAUAAAGCUUAUGGAACUUAUUUGCAACUUGCACUUUGGGAACUAUAAUAAAGUGAAAUAGGGUUUACAAACAUUUAUGGUUAUGAAAAGUUUGCUGCCAUUACAAUAAAAUACAUUUGUAUUGUUUUUGUUUUAUUUUUUAUUUUGAGAGAAAACACUUGUACAUGUUUGCAACAACUAAUUGGUUGUGUUAAAAUGUAUUGGCAUAAUUUAAAACCAUUUGACCUUCCAUUAGUGGCUACAUGCUUAUGCUGCUGCAGUAUCCAUUUUAUUUUUGUGUAACACAGAACCAUUAUAGGCAUAACACAUUAGGCAAAAGCAAAAUGAUUUGUUUGCUGAAAACAAGUGUAUUGUAGAAAAAAGUAUUUUCAAACUGGCCAUACUGUAUGUCUUUUAUGUCAGUAGUCAGUUUUGGGUAGGUGACGUGACUACUAGCUCUUUAAUUUGGACACUAAUUUAUUACAAUUCACCAGCCUUCAUUUUGUUGUCCGAGCCUUUUUUGUAUGCAACAUGACAAAUGGUGAACGCUGUAUACCUGUUAGGCAGUAAUAUACUUUAUUCCCCUUUUUGUUUCCUGCAAUUUGUUUUUACUUAAAAUCCUAAAAGUAUUGUACUGCCCUGAAAUUUAUAUUGGUACAGUUUUAUCCUUGAAAAAUUGUUUUCUCCAAAGAUGGCCUCAUGGGGUUUAAGAAAAUAAUGGUCUGCAUUCUGGCAUUUGAAUUUGUAAUGCAAAUACUAAACAACAGCACAGAUUCAGCUCCUGGGUUAUAGGAUUCACCCUGCCUCUGUGAAUGAACUUUCCUUUAGUACUCUAUAAAGUUUGAAAUAAUCCCAGUACAGUUCCUGUCACACAAAUGUAGUAGUAACUACAUUUUUUGUUUUAUCUCCAAUUUAUUCAAAUUCAUAGACUUCCAAAAUGAUUCAGUUAACUACAGUGGAAGGCUAUGAAUUAAGUAGAAAGGGAAGGGCCAAGUGUCCCAUUUAGAUUUUAGUUUAAUUGUGUGUGUCUAUAUAUAUAUAUAUAUAUAUAUAUAUAUAUGUAUAUAUAUGUAUGGGAAUCCUCAUAACCCAAGGCUUUAAGGUUUGGAAUGGGAGUUUAUAAACAUUCUUGUUUUCCUCUUGAUUUGGAUCAUAAUGCUCUAGAAUGAUUUCACAAUGAUUAGUGUGUUGCCUUCUACUCUGUGACCUUAUCAUUGCAAUGCAGGGUGUUGAUUAUUGUUUAAAAUGCUGUAGUGUUAUGCACAGUUUCUGUUUUAAUUGUAUAAUGCAGUAAACAAUCUCCAUCCAGAUCUCAUGUCAACUUUAGAUUUUCUUUUGUUUGUUUGUUUCAAAUGGAGUUCAUGCUGUUGAGUGGGAGUGUAAGUUUACGUUAUGAGAUGCAGUAAUUGCCAUUUCUAUAUCGCAUUGAUUUCCUUUUUUUCUUGACAUUUGGAUUUUUCAUGCUAAUCACUUUGGUACAGUAACUUUUUAAAGCAAUUAUUUCAGGAGUGUUUGACACAUUUUGUGCAGUGCUAUUUUUUAUUUUUAUUUUUUGUAGUUUUUAAAUUGCCUUUUUAAUUGUUAGUUGAGAGCAAACAAUGGCACAAAUUGAAAUGUACUGUACAGAUGAAUGACUUUGGCUGUGAAAUUGGGAGAAUCAUAUACAUUUACAUUACUUUGUGAAACUGUUCAAAAGGUAUGAUGGUGAUAGUGCCAUACAAUAAAGUAUAGAUAGAAAACCGAUCACUUCAGUUUACAGUUUUUCUAUAAUCAACACAACGAUGUGUAUGAAGUUUGCCAGAAAAUGAAUUAUCCAAAGCCCAUUGGUGUUCAUAUUGUUUUUAUUUUGUUGUUGUUUGGAAAGAAUCAAUUGUGAUUUCUUGCACAUUUUUUUAAAACAAAUUUUAAAGGGUUUUUUGUAUCUGCUGAUACAAAAUGUAAAUAAAAGUUUAAUUCACAA